GAAUAMAUGCUUAUGCAAUAGAGCAGCCAGACUGUUGUGCUUAAAACACCGAGACAUAGAUGACUUUGGAAUGAGAGGGACUCUUGCCACAUGUAGUUCAUGAAAAUAAUAGACACUUUAAAAGAAAAAAACACUUGGACCUUUUCCUUUGAAAACUGGGGAUUGAAGUUCAUGGAUUGUAACACAAAAAUUCAACUUCAUUCUUUAAAUUUCUAAGCUGCACUCUGGCAGUGGAUGCCACAAAGACAGCAGGGCUGUCAGUCUACUUAGUGAAAUAUUUUGUAGUCCCCAUUUUGAAUAAAAAAAAAAGGUCACAAACUCUGAGAAGGUAAAGUAACUACUAUACAAAGUGUAAAAGUUUGGUUGCAGUAUGAAAUAAUGAAAUUCUGUUGAAUAAAUCCUUGCCAUGUUUGUCAAUCCUGCUGAUUAUUCUAAGUCACUUGUUUCCUCCAAACACAUAUCUGCUUUGUUCUUAUGUAAGAUUAGUGCAAUAUAAGUGCACUAAUGUGCAAUAAUAUAAUAUUGCACUUAAGUGCAAUAACCCGGUAAACAUGCAAUAUAGUUUGGACUAGUACAAAACAGAAUUGCUCUGGGUUCUUCCUUGAUCUUAGUUUCCUCUACAUUUUGGAAAUUUGUACUUUUUAUUGCUGCCAUAGCAUGAGGUAGUGGCUUUCAGACCUUCCUUAGUGAGUUUCUUGAAGAGCCAGGUGGAUAAAUGUAUUUCCUGGUGAGAUUUGUGGACUGCGGAGAUGUAGUAUAGACAUCUUUAACUUUGGUAAAUAAGAAAAUGUACCAUGAACCAUGGCUUUGCAUUCUAGGAAGCAUUUCGGACCAUGAUAAAAGUGUUUUCUGUAUUUUUCUUUUAAAUAUAAAGUUUGAAUUACUGAAUUCACCCACAAUAAAACAGGCUAGAUCCUAUUCUGAUGUMGUGCAGAUAGUUUCUUCCUGUGUGUCUUGGGUCUGCCUCACUGCUUGGAGAUUUGUUGUUAUUAGGCUGCCACAGGGACAUUUGGAAGRCUGUUUUAAGGCAGGUUUUGAAAGCAGACAGUGUGAAUUACAGUGGAGUAGGCAGGAUGCACAAGUAUCCUCUUUGAAGCUAUCAACAGAAAAUUAUACACACAUCACAGAGAAGUACUGUUGCAAAGAGGGGUACUCCUCAAUAGUUUUUGAGGCAGGAAUAUAUCCUCUUUUUAAGUGAUGUUUGGAAAUCAAUCAUUUGGACAGURGAAUUUCCCCAACCUCUCUUCAUUCUGGUGGUAGCAUAUUGAUAAUAGGGUCACCAGAAUUUGAACUUGAGAGGCCAAAAUAUCUGAGUGAACCCUUGUUUUUUAGAGAUUCAUUGCAGCUAUGUGGCUUGGGAAGGUAGAUUUAAAACAACUAGAAGGCCAGCAAACAAUAUUUCUUAGAAAAUCAGUGACUACAGUUAGUCUUUUAAGACCUUCCAAAAUACUUUGCAAACAAAUGCAGCUGCCUUUAAGGCCUAUGUAUGGUAAUAUCUUCAUCAUUCUCUUAGUCUGUGACAAAUGUUUAUUUAUUACUUUUCUGAAGUUUUUUCCAAGUCUUCCUUAGCCUAGACCUGCCCAGGCAGUGUGAACUUCCUSAUGUGAGCUGCUGGCUGAUUUUGAAUAUCCAUUCACCUCUGAGCAGGUUGAGGCUGCUCUCUGCCUUGCUGGAUCAGACUCUCAGCUCAUCUUUCAUAACUGCCAAGGUCUUUCAUAACCUCUGAUCUUUCAUAACCCCAAACGCUAGCCAGUUCCUCUCACAUGCCUUUUGUAACCUACACACACGCCACGUGUUUAAUCUCGUCCACUUGGAAUAGGCCCAUCCUGAUGAACCUGAAAUACAAGUGUUUCUUGGGUGCUUUGUCUGCCUCAAUCCUCCUGAGCCCCUGCCAGAUUUGUGUGGAUGUUGGACUUCCUUUCCUGAGACAAUGAAUGCUUGGUGGAAAGGAAAACCUGUUCUCUCUGACCUCAGAGGAGAAAAGGGAGAGCCUAGUCAUGGAUUUCCUUCUCUCCUGGGGUGUGAAGACCUAAUUGACUUAGGUGUGGCUCAGCUGGAGGUGGCAGUCUCCUUCCCUUCCUGUCCUAAGCCGCUGCUCAGCGUUCAUGGUGUGGCUGCUCUCUGUGCCACACAGAGGUCCCCACUGCUGUCUACUCAGAGCGAAACCCAGGGUCACUCGAGGGGGAAGCUGCUGCAGCAGGAAUUGCUUUAAUUCUGCCUCAGCACACUGCUUGCCAUUCUCUCCUUUGACAGUAAUUGCAGGCUGCAGUGAUGCAAUAAAAUGGGUUAUAGUUUUGCAGAGAGAGGGUGACCUCGCUGUAGCUACCCAGCUGUCAACAUGGAAUCCUCAGAUGCCUUCCAGUGGGGAUCUCUGUCACUUCACAGGUUUGAUGGAUGAUCUUCUAAUAGGGAAUAAAAUGGGAGGACAAGUAUAUAACAGCUUUAAUUUGAGGGGGGGGGGGGAGAAAAAGGAAAAAAUGUUUUGCAAUUAYUAGCCUGAGUGCGAAAGAGCGUUUCCUCAGUGUGACAGCCAGAAGCUUGCUGCACUGUUAUUAAAGCACUUCGGUGGGAAUCCAUGCUGGCUUUUUUACCCAGCAUAGGAUUAUAUUGGAUUAGUCAUAUAAAAUUGUUGUUUACUGUCUCUCGCCCUUUUCCCCAGAGCUUUUAUCAGGAAUCUCACAAAGCAUAUAGUUUGAGCCUGCCAUAAGAGGUAACCUAGAUGAGCAGCUUUUUGUUUGUGUAAACUGCUACGAUGUUGUAAUUUAAUUUAAUCCUAACGUUGAAGUGAGAGAUUUUAUAGCUGAUAAAAGAUGCAAUUUGGCCCAGACUUUCCUUUUGCCUACAAGAAGGGAAGUUAGAUCAUAAGGAGAUGCCCUCUUUUCUUGCUGGACUCCUCAGAAGAGCUUUGCUGAUCCAGCAGCUGCUGGAGCUGUUCUGUGGCAUCAGAGACCAUCAGAGAUUCCUAACACUGGCACCAUUUUUCAUAAUGCUCUCUAAUGAGUCUUUUAGGGCAUAAURCUUGAUUAACACUCUGUUCUGAGCAGUGAAUAUUUCUUGUGUUCCUUUUCUGUCAUGCAGAGCCAUAUUCUGACCAUCUUUCUUCUCUGUGUCCAGAAGGCCCAGGGAUCACUGCUUAGACAUGGUCCACAUUUUCCCACCUGCUACGGACUAACACUCUCAAACAUACAGUGCAAGGCUGUCCCUUUAGAUCUACCCUGAGGGUUGGUUAUAACAAGGAAAUAUUUUUUCACUUCAAGGUCGACAGACAGCUCUGCUGGUAAAAUGGCACCCUUCAGUUUUUUCUGGAGUUUUCAGACUGGCUCUCAUCCUGGGAAAUUUUCACUUGCAGGAGGUAUGGCUACAAGAACUUUCCUGAGGUGUGGAGUGCCUUUGAUUCUACAGUGAGAGAUGUUUUUCUUCUCUGUAAGGGUUUCUGUGACAAGAGAUUUUGUGCUGACAAAAAGCCCAAUGUGAUCCUUUGAGUAGCCCAAGCUGUUUUCAUCUGAGAGGAGAAUUUGAGGCAUUAUCUAUGCUGGUACUGCAAUGCUGAGUUCUAGCUCGACGACUGUGAAGAAUUUCCCUCUGAAGAGGAGGCUCUGUUUUCUGCUGAAACUCGUGUGCUUUGUCAGCUCAGUGUUAAUAUUUUGUGAAUUUUUAAUUUACUAUGUGGUAAUAUUUCAAUGCCGAUGGCCAGAUGUGAAAGGUGGAGCUCACAUGGGUGAAGAAGAGACUUCAGCUUCAGUCCUGAAGGCCAUAAUUUUAGCUGAUACACACCUACUUGGUGAAAUCAAAGGACAUUGGUUCGAUAAACUAAGAAGGGAAUGGCAAAUGGAGAGAUCUUUCCAAACUGCYUUAUGGUUACUGCAGCCAGAUAUUGUUUUUAUUCUGGGAGAUGUUUUUGAUGAAGGAAAAUGGAGCUCACCUCAGGCAUGGGCAGAUGAUGUCAGAAGAUUCCGGAAAAUGUUUAAGCACCCAGUUUCUACGGAGCUCGUGGUCAUUGUUGGGAAUCACGACAUUGGAUUUCAUUACGAAAUGACUACUUACAAGGUAAAUCGAUUUGAAAAGGUUUUCAACUUUACUUCAGGAAAUCUGAUAACUCGGAAAGGAAUAAACUUUGUCCUAGUGAACAGUGUAGCCAUGGAGGGUGAUGGCUGUGCUGUCUGYCGUACCUCAGAGGCAAAACUUGUGGCACUUUCUCACAAACUGAAUUGCUCCCAGCAGAAACCGAAUCGUUCCAACAACAGAUGCAGUGAAAUGGAAAAGCUUCCAGCUUCAGAACCCAUCCUUUUACAGCAUUACCCUCUCUAUCGGAAAAGUGAUGCUGAAUGCACUGGAGAAGAUUCUGCUCCUCYGGAAGAGAAGAAGAUCCCCUUUAAAGAAAAGUAUGAUGUACUGUCUCAAGAGGCAUCACAAAAGCUGCUGUGGUGGUUUCAGCCCCGUUUGAUUCUCAGUGGGCACACUCACAGUGCUUGUGAAGUGCUGCACGCAGGGAAAAUUCCAGAAAUCAGUGUCCCAUCAUUCAGUUGGAGGAAUAGAAACAAUCCUAGUUUCAUCAUGGGCAGCAUAACACCAACUGAUUUCUCCCUCCAAAAAUGCUUCCUUCCAUUUGAGAGCAGAGUCUUCACUAUCUACUGUGCAGCAGGUGCUCUGCUUGUGAUCCUGGUACUAGCUCAUGUUCAGCUUCUCACUCCACCAUUUUAUUUUGCUCAGCGUUUAAUCAGUAAGCAUAAAGCAGUAUGA